UAAUAUAAACGGUAUAAAAAAAGAGAGAGAAAAAGAAAAAAAAAAUUACAAAAAUAAAAACAAAAAAAAAAUAUAGAAAGAAAAUUUUUGUAUAUAUAUAUAUACAAACAUACAUACAUAAGCAUAAAUAUUUAUUUAUAUAAAUAUAAAAAUUAUAUUAUAUUAUACAGAAAUAUAUAUAUAUAUAUAUAUAUAUAUAUUAAUAUAGAAAACAAUGGAUUUGAUAAAGAAUUUAAGGCAUAUGUGCAGAAUUUGUGCUGUCAAUAUUAAAAAGAGGCGAAGUCAAAAUUCAGCAGUGAGUAUAUUUGAUACUCCGCAAUUGAGGGAUAAAUUAAAAAAAUAUUUAAAUAUAGAUAUACCUAGCAAUGAUGAAUUACCAAAAUGUAUAUGUUCGAUCUGUUACAAAAAGGUGGAAUCUAUUGAUGCUCUGGCAGCAUUGGCUAAAAAAACAGAAAAUUUUCUAUUGGAUUUUAUAAAAAUAGCACAAGCUAAUCUUAAGGAAGCACAGUCAACGUCAUAUCAAGCACAUUUUCCAAAUGAAUUUCAUUCAUUGGCAAUGCUUUCUAAUGACGAUGAUGAUCUUAACUAUAGCAGUAAUUCAAAUACAAUGGUACUACCAGUGGAAUCUGACAUUACGCCAGAUUUAAGUGUUACUGCUAAAGCAAAAGAGCAAGAGAAAAAAACUGAAGAAGUCGUCCUUAAUUUUACUUUAAAUGAUCCUUUAACUAAAAAUAUUCAGAAAAAAAUUGUGGUUGCUAAACAAAAGCAGAGCUUACAGAAUUCGUUGCAAAAUAGUAAUUCAAGUAAUUUUAUGAGUGGCAGUCACAUCAAAUUGAAUGAAGAAGUUGAGAUAUCACCAUUAAAACCUAUGCAGGAUGCAGGAGAAUUUAUGAGAGAGGUUAAUAAUAGCUUAGAACAAAAGCGCCAGAAUUUGAAAAUGGUUCUUAAUAGUAAUAAUUCACAACCCCAAUCUUCAACACCUCACAAGAAUACAACGACAGAAACAAGUGCUAACUAUAAAGUUAUAGUUCCUCCAGUGCCAUCUUCUACUCCAAUAAAUUCGCAUAAUGUUAACUCUGCAGGGCAGGUGCAGCAACAACAACCAACCAUGUAUCCACAGCAUCCUGAUCCUCCACCAGCUCAUGUUCAACCUGUUGAAACUAUGCAAUUAUCAAAAGACGUUAUUGCACACGCACAUUUAGCUUCAAAUGGAAACAAUCCCGCUUUUGUGAAAGAAUCAAUGAAUCUUGGAAGUGUUAUAAAAGAUAUGGACCUAUUGAAGUUGAUAUUAAAAGCACUAAAAUGGCCAUAUAACCAAGAAACUUUGUGGAUGCAAAUACAACGUUUAAAGAAUACAAGAUUUCGAGAUGUAAUGAUAGAUCCUAAUCUUUUACAAGAUGCAGAUCUUAUGCAAAUACUAAGUUCGUAUUUAAGUCCAAUUUUACUACAACAGCAUCAAGCACAAACCAGUGCAUCUGUGUCAAGUCUCCCACCACCACCCACGCUAUCACCGUCUGCAAUAAACAUAUUACCACCGUCAGUAUCAUAUAAGAUUCCAGCCGAAACAUCUGUUAGACUAGUUAGUGUUCCACGAGAAGAACAGCCUAAACAAUCUUGCAUUGUUGAGCCACAAGAAAUAGUAACAUUAGAAUUACAACAAAAGCAUGAUGAGAAACGAGAAUAUAAACAAAAGAAGUUAAAACAUCGUCGCCAUCAUCACAGUGUGAUACAUCAAAACGAACAAUAUAACUUGUCGAAAGAUAAGGAACCACCUAUAAUAGUCUUAUCUGAUGAUGAUGAACCUGCAAAUUUACAAAAUUCCUUAAAUUUUGCUAAGAGAGACUCGUUAAAUGCUUGUGAUUACGCACCGAAAGUUGAUUUAAGCAUGAUGCAAAGUUUUGACAGUAGCACAGAAGUUAUAAAAGCUAUCAACAAAUCGUUGAGUUUGUAUCAUCAAAGUCGAGUAUUAAACGCAGAGGUGACUAUUCAACAACGUAAAAAACAGAAACGAAAACAAACUUUGAAUAAAAUAGAAUUGCAGAAGAAUUUUAAUGAUCAAGAAAUAGUCAUAAUAGACGAACACGGUGAACAACCUUUUAAAUUAAGCAACGAAGUUUCAGUUGUGCCAAAGUCAUCAAGUUCAACUGCAUCUGCCGUUUCAAUAACGGCACCCAUAAAAAAAUCGGAUUCCAUACAAAAACCAGCAAAAUUUAAAUUUGAUUUUCUUUUACCACCCAAGAAAAAACGAAAAUUACAAAAUUUUGAAACUAAAUCCACCGAUAAAUCACAACAUUCUACUGGAAUAUCAAAAAUUUCUAAUGAUUUAAAUAAUUUGCCAUCAAUAACGGAGAAUAAAAAGGAUGAGACAACUUUAAUUUCUGGAAACGGUGUAUCUACUGAAAAGAAUUCAGCGGAAGUUAAACGUGAUGAUGUAAUACUUCAAAAAAUAUCAAAUCAAAAUGAGAUUAAUGAAUCAAGAAAUAGUACAAUAAUUACUGAAAAUAAUAAAGAACCUGACAUAUCUAACAGUGAAUCUAAACCACAUAUUCUUAGUGUACAGAUAAUCGAACCAGUUAAUGAAAAUAGUACAAUAGUUUCCAAUGAGGAAAAGAAGCAAAAUAAAACGGAUGAACCUGUCAAACUAGUAAACGAUGAGCAGAAUGAGGUGAAUGAAGAUCCUGACGAUGAAUCGGAAAAUGGUUUAGUUAUAGACGAGAACUACGAAGAAAAAAGUAAAGACGAAGAACCAAAGACUGAAAACACUAAAGGUGCUGAAAUAUAUUCAAAAGAGUCUAAAUCUAAAGAGACACUACUUGAAAAUAAACAAGAGUCUCAACAAAAAGAAGAUACUGAAGUAAAACUUGACCAUAAGGUUGAUUUUGAAAAAUUAUCAGUUAUUAAAACAACUGUAAAAGAAGAAAAUGAAUCUGAUCAGGAAGGUCAAAGUGCAUCAGACAUUCUAAAGACAGCGAAAAAUAUUAAAAGUGAAUGUGUUGAUCAACAGGAGAUAUUACCAGAAAAAGAGAAAAAGGGCAGAACUAGUGCAGUUGUUAAAAAUAAUAAAUCGAAUUUAGAAAAACCCACUGUCGACGAUAAAGAAACACCCCGACGAACAACUAGACAUAAAAGAGAAAUGCCACUCGUUACAGCCACAAACAAAAAAUCUAAAGAUUUAAAGGAAACUAAAAGUAGUGUGAGUCCUAAAGAAACUUCAGUAGGAACACGUACUAAAACAAGACAUCAGGAAGAAGUUAAAAAAAUGCAAACUAGAAAUAGCAACAUAUCGCAGAGAGGACGUGAACAUAAACCUUCAGCAAAAUAUAGUAAAAGCACUUUAAGAAAAAGAAUUUAAUUUGGGAAAAAUAAAAAUAAUAUCAAAAAUAAAAUCAACUAGUCCUCUUAGCCAUUUCGUCUGGUUCUAUUAUGCAAUUUAAAUGCAAAUGAACUGACUUUAAACAAAACAUUUACUGUAUAUUUACCCUAUUAAUAUAAUUGGAUUUUAUUAAUCAUUAUACAUUUAAUUUGUAAAAUAAUGUUUAUUUUGGAAAAUUUGGCUCGCAAAUCAAUGUAUUAAAAUAAUAUAAAUUAUUUAUGUAUAAGUUAUACAUGAAUUACAUUUUUAAGUUUUUUUUUUAAAUUAAAACAAAAUUAGGAA